GUUCACUAUUUUCAGCCCAUAAACACUUGAAUACGCGAGCUUUAUCGUAAUCGCGGGCUAUUGACAUUCGCACCUAGAACAACUUGUUAGCUGAUAAACGUUUCCGGUUCGAAUGGCAACGCUGAACUUGCACCGGUUUGAACCAGUUUCGGCGUCUGCGCACACAGCUUGAAUUAUCUCAAUCGUGUUGGCUCGGCAUAAUUAAUUGUUUUAUUGCCGAAUCUUUGAUAAGCGUACUAUGAGCUCCAUAGUCAAGUGUCAAUCUUCUGCCUCUCUCCUGGUCGGCUCCCGCCUGAAGGCGCGCAUGCGCACUACGGGCAAGUGGCACAUGGCCGAGAUCGUUGGCAUCAAGGAAUCGGAUGAGGGCCAGCGACAGUUCUACGUGCACUACGACGGUUGCAAUAAGCGCCUUGACGACUGGCUUAGUCAGGAUGAUCUCGAUCUGAGCUGCGUGCGCAUCGCUGCCCGUGAGAGCCAGCAGAGCACAACCCUCGUUAGCGCCGCACUCUCCCAGCGUCCGGCUUCGGUGAUCGGGCCGAGUUCAACAACAGAGGGCAAACAACAACAAGAAGAUCAGCCGGAGACUGGAGCAUCUACAUCCAAAGGAUGGGCCAGGGGUCCCAAGCAGUUGAAAAUAGUGGAGAAAAUUGAUAGCGCCGCAGUUGCUGCCCAGGGGCGCAGUAAGCUGCUAGAGUUGCGUCAACUGAAGCGCGCGAAUAACAUUGUGGCAUGCAUCAAGAAUGUGAAAAUGAUUGAGCUGGGGCGUUAUCGUAUUGCCCCCUGGUACUUCUCGCCCUAUCCCGAGCAGCUGUGCCAUGAGGACUGCAUCUACCUGUGCGAAUUCUGCCUGAAGUAUUGCAAAAGUCGCUUGUGCCUGGGACGUCACUUGAGCAAGUGCACUCUGAAGCAUCCACCUGGCAGCGAGAUCUAUCGGAAGGAUUCGAUAUCGUUCUUCGAGAUCGACGGGCGCCAGAACAAGCUGUACGCCCAGAACUUGUGCUUAUUGGCCAAGUUGUUUCUGGACCACAAGAUGGUCGACUUUGACACAGAUCCGUUUCUGUUCUACGUGCUGACGGAGUUCGACUCCCGUGGCUUUCACAUUGUCGGCUACUUCUCCAAGGAGAAGAUCAGCGUCGAGGACUACAACCUGGCCUGUGUCCUGACGCUGCCGCCGUAUCAGCGCAAGGGCUACGGCAAGUUGCUCAUCGAGUUCAGCUACGAGCUGUCGAAAUACGAGGGCAAAACGGGAACGCCAGAGAAGCCGCUCUCCGACCUGGGCCUGCUCUCCUAUCGCUCCUUCUGGGCACGGGCCAUUCUCGAGCUGCUCGUCAAGCAGAACCAAUCAGCUGCCGAGGGCGUGCGACCCUCGACAAGCAUCAAUGAUAUUUGCGAGCAGACGGCUAUCAAAAAAGAUGAUGUAAUCUACACACUGAAAUGGCUUAAUCUCCUGACCUACUGCAGGGGUCAGCACAUAGUCUGCAUCAGUCAAGAUGCCAUCGAUCAGCACCGAGUUGCCAUGGAGAAGUGCAAACUACGCGUUGACCCCACCCGCUUGCAGUGGAGCCCCAAGGACUGGAGCAAGCGCAUGAAUCGCGUGCUCGAGCGUUAGCUAAUAAUGUUUUUCUAGGCAAA